GUUAAUUUGUAUCGAGAGUCUUCUUACAUAGCUUAUCAUUUCUCGAGUACGGUUUAAUAGCUUAUCUCGACAUGAUGCUUGUCCGUGCCAGUCUUGUUUUCUGCAGAUGUAUUUUGUUCGCAUUACUCAUGAUAGGCAAUCAUGGACAGCCAACUCUGGAGCCACCAACUGGUUAUUUCUGUCCCAACGUCAACAUCACUUACACUUGUCAUGACAGUCAAGUAACCGAAAUGACAUGGUUUGCUGAACCUUACUUUUCAGGCAACCAAGGAAUCCGGUAUGCAGCAGUAUCCAUUAAUCAAACCAAGAACAUAGGAGACAGUUUCUACACACAAGCAACCAGUUUCAGUGUAGAUAUUGAGACAGAGAAGUUUAUCAGUGUGACAACUAUUCUGACUGUGAUCACUAGAGGCAUAGAGAAUGGAACAAAUAUCACAUGUCUGACCUAUAGAGGUGGAUACCCCCUGGUGUCCUCUUCCAUCCUCUACUUUGCAGAUCUCCCUCGCUGGAAAAACACCUCAGUGAUUAUAUGCCGAGAGAAUAACAUAGCAGUACUAGAGUUGGAAGAUAUGUAUGAUGGAGGAGGAGUUCCUAUCGAUCACUACAUUAUUCAAGUGGACAGCGGCACACGGUUGGAAACUCCAGGCCCAACUUACAGUUUUGACAUCAUGUACAAUACUACACUGCCAGUGAACAUCUCAGCCCACAACUGUGCAGGAUACAGUGAUUUGUUUCUACUUGAGAUACAGUACAAUCAAGAUUCAGUGGAGGAUAGUACACCCAGUAUGACACCAAGGCCUUUCACUCGUGGUGAUUCCACAGUUCUUGUGAUUGUGGUACCUGUAUUAGCUGCUGGGGCACUUCUUGUCAUCACAAUAUCCGUUGUACUCAUUGUUUUGCUAAAAAGGACAUGUAGUACUAAUAAAAACGGACAGCAGGAGAAGUGUGAUGUGGUGGAGAACUCUGCUUAUGGUGUCCAUGUUCAAGGCUCAACACUGGAGCCAGACUACAACAUGGAGAACAACCCACUGUAUGAGAUGAGGGUACUGUCAAAUGAGGGACACUCACACAAGACACAAACACCAGUUCCAGUCCCUGUGUAUGAGACUGUUGACACUGUGGCUCUCUAAAAUGUCUUUUCUUUUCCUAUUGUUGGGAGUAUCAUACUGCUAUGUAUAG